AUGGCAUCGUCGAGAGAUAAUUUGAAGGUUUACAUUCGAGUUACUCAAAAGAAAUCCGUCUCUGAAAACCCUAAAUCAUCAAAGAAGCCAAAAACAUCAUCAGCUGAAGAGAAGAUAGAUGAACAAGAAAAUAUUACCCAAAAAUCAACAAUGAAACAACAAAGAACUAGAAAACGGAAAGAUAUUUCAGACAAUGGUUUGUCAAAAGAGCAAAGGAAUGUUGUUAGAGAAAUAGGGUUUGAGAGCAUACUAAAAUUCAAUCUGCAUUCAGUUCCACGCAAAUUCGGAUAUUGGCUGGUAAAAAACUUUGAUGCUGAAAAUGAUGAGAUAAAUACUGGAGAUGAAAAGAUUAAGAUCACAGCUGAAUUUAUCCAAAAGAUACUAUAUGCUUACAAAAAACAAGGAUUUGACGAUGCUGAAAACACUGAAGAGUUCUCUCUUGAUAAAAUUGACUCUACAACAUUACAAGAAUUUGAAGAUGAAUUGGAAAUUGCUGCGCAAAAUGAGGGGAGAUGUCUUGUAAUGGAUAAAAAGAAAAAAGUCAGAAAGAAUAAACAAAAAAAGAAAGAUGAAAAGGAUGAAUUUUAUGUUUAUCCAACUGAAUCCGAGAAUGAAAACGAAGAAAUUUUUGAAAAUGAAUCUGAAGAAAAUGAUGAAGACGAUGCUGAAGAACAACCAAUCACAUUACUUAAAGCAGCAACAGACUGGAUUCAUCAAGAGAAUCAAGAAAAUGUUCAAAACAGCCCAAUUAAAACCAAUGAAACUGAGAAAACACAAACAGAAAGUGGAGGAUCAUGGGGGCAAUUCUUCAUUAAACCAUCAAUAGGAAAUAAAGAUAAAAUGUGGGUAGACAGUCAAAGCCGACUGCGUAAUUUCAUGCCAUCACAAAAUCAAAGUGAAGGUCUUUCUGACAUUCAUUCAACAAAAAGUGGCGAUGAAAAUAUGAAGAACAUUGAAGAUAAAAAAUCACAUGAAGAAUAUCUUGUGACUGUUUUGGAUGAUCAUUUAAAAGGAUUUGAAGAAAUUUUCGAAAACAUCCAAUCACGCAUAGAUGAGACUGUCGAAGAAUAUCCAAACAGUGAAGCUCUUCAUAACAAAGUAAACGAAUGGGUGUCAUUGAUGGAAAAAUUAAACCAUCAAGCAAAAAAGCACAAGAAAGUUAAUAUUGAUUCAACUAUGAUGGAAACACCAUCAAGAUUUCUAAAUUUGAGCCAAAAUGAAGACACUGAAAAUCAAAUCAUUUCAACACCAUUGAUUAUAAAACGCAAUGAUGAUGAUGAUGCAAAACGCAAUGAGGAUAACACAGCUGUAGUCCAGUCCUCCAAUCCAGAAAAAAUCAGUAACAAUGACCCUGCAUCUAUUCUGCAAACACACAUUGAAAAACCUUCAAUGGAACAAUCAUCAUUUAGCGAAGAAACUCCAUCAUUAAUGUUGGAGAUGAUCAAAAAGACUGAUGAAGAAGAAAAAAAAUCAAAUCAAAAGAAAAUUCAGGAUAAUGAGGUACCAUCCUUUGAUUUGAAAAUUUCUCAGUUGUCUUCAAAUGUUGAUGAAAAUGAAGUUGAAGUUGAUGCUACUCCUCACGCUGCACAAACCGAAAUUCAAGCGGAAUCUGAAAAUAGAUCAAUCGAAAAAGAUGUUCAAAUUACUGGAAUACAAACAAUGUUUGAUAGAAUUGAAGAACAUGAUAAUACUGAAAAGCAAAUCAGUGAUCUAAUUCAAAACACAUCAUUCCUCAACCCACAAGAAGAUCCGUAUAAAACACCUGCAAAAUCAGUUCAUCAAGAACAACCAACAACUGAUAUAAGCAAAACAGAAGAAAUAAUCACAAGGAUGGUACAACCUGAUCGAGAGAAAAAUGUACCAGAAGUAUUUUGUUCAUCGUACUAUCUAAGACAAGUAGCAAUGAAGGAAGCAAGAACGGCACAGGAAAACAACAUAUCGGGAUAUGCUUUCCAUGCAGAAGGAGAAAUGAUGGAUACUCUCUUUGAAAUUAAAGAUCAUGUAUUUCUAUAUAGAUAUGCUGUUGAAACAAUGAGGCCAGGAUUGGAAAUCCCGGAGAAGUAA